UACCAAAACAAUUCCUUUAUGAAAGUGAACUACAUUUGCAUUGAUAAGACAUUCUUGUGGGUAUAAAUUCACGUAGAAAUGAAAAGAAAUUUUCAGUAAUUCUUGAUCGGUGAUCUUAUUUAGUCCAUUUAUUUAGUGAAAUUUCAUCAAUACAUACAAAAUGUUAAAAAUUGCAGUGUCUGUUAUCCUCUGUCUUGGGAUAUUUAUUGCAUCGAUCAAUGCAGAUUGCAAAUUGGAUCUAAAAAGGAAUCUUCCAUCGGAAAAGAUUCCCAUUUAUUUGAUAAAACAGAACAAUGAUGAUUUUUCUUUAUUUGUCCCUGAUGGACGUGAAACUACUUUUUACACAAAUGAACGUCUUUAUGCCUACUGUCCUGAUAUGCGAGCUAAUCAUGGGAUAAGAGAAAUCAUUUGUGAUGCACAAGGAAACUUUCCAAUUAAAUCCGUACAAUGCAAUGAGGAAAUUCAACCUGAACUGUUGCAACUUCCAAAGACUUGCUAUGAGAAUUUUGGCAAUGUCUGGAAGCUAGGGUUCUAUAUUCCCAGCAAUGCUAUAUCAUAUAGUAAAACAUUCUCAACUAUGGUUAGCGUAUGCUACCAUCUUGAUCUCUUUGAGACACUCUACACUUAUCACACAAUUAAUGGCAAAGCUAUUCAAUACUCCAUGAAUCGUGUUAAUCAACGUUUUUCAGGUGCAGGUAUCCCAACGACUAAUCUAACACCGAGAGUAUCGAAUUUAGACACAAUCUAUACACAACGGUAUCAAAAGGAUUUCUUCAAGACGCUCUACGGACAAAAUCAGAACUAUGUAACGGAUAAAAUCUACCUAACACGUGGCCAUAUGGCUCCAGCUGGAGACUUCAUUUUCCACCCUCAGAAAAGGAGCACAUUUUACCUUGCAAAUGCUGCACCGCAGUUUAAUACCGUAAAUGCAGGUAAUUGGGAAAUCGUUGAAGAUCUAACGCGAAUUUUAGCUGCUAAACAAAAUCGUCAAAUUGGAGUCUUAACGGGAGUCCUUGAAGUACUAAAGCUGAAGAAUCUCAACACAAAUCUCGAUGUUGUAGCAAGUUUAUCUGAUAAGAAUCGUUUUCACGUGCCAAAGUACUACUUUAGAAUACUUCUUGAUGAUACAACAAAAUCUUCAAUUGUUUUUGUCACACAAAACAACCCCUAUUCAACUACACCAACUACCGUCUGUACCAACGUAUGCAAUGAAGCAGGAUUCAGAUAUAGUCAAUUUACGGACUACAAUAAGGGCUACACAAUUUGUUGUAAAUUUGAUGAAUUUGUUAAAAGUAUUUAUUUUGUUGAACCGAAAAAAUUCAAAACUCAAUCAUUCCCAAAUCUUAUUACAAAUGUUUAAAGUUUCUUUUUUUUUAAUUUAUAAUGCCUUACUAAUUCUUAUGCUUUGUAGUUAAAGAGGUUUAGUCUUGCAUAUAUUUAACGAUAAGUUUACCAGAAUAAUAAAGGUGUAACAGGUUCUUAAAUAAAGACAGAAAACUCAA